CAGUUCCGUGAAGGCAGCACUCCACCCUAUCGUCAGUACUGUCUCUGAGGAUCGUGAGGACGCUGCCGUGUCUUCACUUCACUGACACACUAACCUGCAUCACUGCUACACAACCACCACUCACCCAGCGCAGGCGGACGGACUACAGAGGAGAUGAUGUGGACUGUUGUGAUACUGCUGGCUGCUGCCCUCAGUGUGGAGUCCUAUACUAGCCAUGACAGUGAGCGUUUAAGCCAUGGUCGCCAGCUGAAGAUCUACCUGUCAAAGAGUUGUGAGAAGCUGGAGUUCACCCCUGCAGAUGGUCUAAGCAGGACUCAGAUCUACUGGGAGAAAGGCAGGACCAGGGCGAACAAAGGCAGGGUGUCUGGCACAGGUACUGAUCGACGCUGGUACCUUGACAAGGUGACUUUUGAAGACCAGGGGACGUACGUCCAGACAGAUUUCUGGCAUAAUGAGCUCUCCUCUUUCAAAGUGGCCGUCACAACCAAACUUAACUAUUUGAAGUGUGUAGCGGGAGAGAGUCUCUACAUCCCACUGGAGGGCAUCGACUUGGCCGAUGCUGAUCUCGCCUUCUCUGGAGAGAGUGCUAACGUUACACUGGUGCGUGAUGGUGCUCCGGUGUCCCGUGACCUUCCAGAUUACUGGGACCGGGUUCAGACCCAAUCCAUGAACAUCGAGAUCAGACAUGUGAACCACAGUGAUGAGGGACAUUACUCUCUGCGAGACCGCAAAAGCCGACUGGUGUCUGUUACCAGGAUGGACUUGACAGACCACCAUGAGCGCACAGAAGGAAACCCCCUUAUGGCUCUACUGUUGCUUCUCGGUAUUCCGGCUGGGAUUUGCUGCUGCUGUCGUAAGAAGAUUUUCAAGACGAAAGGCACGACUGCUGGGACUCUGCAGAUGACCCCAGAUACAUUCCAUCCUCCUCCUGGUCCUAUCGGACCUUCUCCUCCGUACAUUGCUCCUGGACAACCAGGGCCGGUGUACUACCCUGGCUCUAACCCCAGCAUGGCUCCUACAGUCUAUCCUCCGCCUCCAGUUGCUGGCCCAGGACAGUGGAACGGCCCCCCACCCGCAACUGGUUUUAACCCAGCUUACCCACCCCAGAACCCUGGCUAUCCUGCUGGUCCAGUUAUGGGCGUCCCUGCCCAGCCUCCACAUUGGAAUGGUCCACCACCAGGCCAGUAUCCCCCCGGACCUGUAGCUCCAAUGGGCUAUGCUCCAGCUCCAGUCAUGUAUAGCGCUGCUGCACCAGCCAGUGAACCUUUUAAGGAGAAUAUGGCUUCCUCACCUGCUGAACCGCUGCUGACUUUACCACCGGCUGAAGUACCCUAUCCUGUGGCUCCUGUGGCUCCUGUGCACCCCUCCACUUCCAACACCCUCCACUCCUCCGAAAGUGCCCAAAAGUUCCAGAUCAGUGGAACUGGUAGCUCCACCAACUUCCUGUAGGAAAGCUGCAUCCUGAAGCAGCUUCCUUCCUUUGACAGUGCCCGACAGUGCCCCCUCACCAUUUUUGCGUCCCCCUGGCAUAGCAUUCAAAUCAGGGAUGCAAAAUGGUGCCGCUGGAAAUACAAGGACAGCAUUGAUUCUGUUCUUUGCCUCCUUGCCUUGAUCAGCAUUAAUUCCCCCAACUGAGUGAAAAUGAAGAGUUACUAGGCUGCACUAUUAAAUCUGCUGCAAGAGUCUCCGCCAGCAGUUUCAACAUGUAGGAAUUAGUUAUUUGGAUAUCAGAGUUCCAGACAGAAAGUAUUUUCCUGAAGUGUUAGCAUGUGUAAUAACCUGGUGUUUUACUUCACCAAAAGUUUAAGAGAUGUCACUAGCAUCACUAACAUGUUUUCUAUCUACAUUUUCACUUAGUUCGGUCAUGUUGAUAUCUUCCUUUUUUUUUGUAUAACUGAUUAGCAAGAGUUGACUUUUGAUUUAACGUGUCGGGAAACCAGAAAACACAGUUGAGAUUUACUCAAAAGUCAGAGGCUAGGAGUCGCAAAAGGAAACCAGGAAUCUGUUUCAUAAAAGACUGGCUGAAAAUCACUCUGCAGUAUGCAGCAAACAUAUCUUAGAUGAGAGGUUUCACUGACGGACCAGACAUACAACACAAAGAGUGUGUUGUAACACAAUGGGAGCAGCCCUGUGUCAUUAGUAUGACAGUAGAGUUUUGCUCCCCUCUCUCCUGGGUCUGUUAUAUUGCAGGAUGUCAGUUUUUUUUUCUUUUUCUUUUUCUAAUGCAGUUUACUUGUGCAUUGAAUGACUGGUCAGCUAAAAUUGGCUGACUGUCAGUGAUUUUUGUUGUUGGUCAAAUAUAAACCAGGUCAGGGACAGAUCAGUGUGUGAUUAGGAUCAGCGGCCCCGCAGGUUCACUGUACCUGGUUUCAGGUUUUCUGUUUUCGUGAAACUGAUGGAUUGAAUUUGUGAAACUUUUCCUACACGACUCUACAAGCACAGGCCCUAGCUAACACAUGACUAGAUGGUCAAGGUGAUGUUGUGGUCAAUAUUCUGAACUGGCAAAUCACAAUGCAACUGGUAAAUAGUGAACCAGGGGGUUUUGGGGACGACUUUAAAUCAAGCCUGGGCCCUCAGCAGUACCCCUUAGGUCCAGCUUGUUCUGGCCUUACAGAUACAUACUUAUAUUAUGACAGGGAUUUGCUAAAACAAUAGCUACCUCAUUUUUUGGAUUCUAUGCCUAUUAGGUCAGCUCAUUCAGGAUAUGCUAAUAGUUUGUAUUAAUCAGUGCUUUGGAUUUGUACAGAAUGUCCCAGUCAAAUUACAAGUCAAUACAAAGCUCCAAAUACUCUGAUAGUAACACUGUGAUUCCAAUGAAAUGGUUUUGCUGCCAAGUGUGGCUGUUGUAAACUAUAACAGCUAAACCACAAGAAUGCAACCAGACGAGCCACUUCGACUGCCUUCAGUGUGACCUCAUGCCUUCUUAAUAUUUUACCCUAACAUAUUAAUCAUCAUCCAUCCACAGCUUUUUGAUAAUUGGUCCCAGACAAAUCACACUCAAGACAAUGAAGCUUUUAGAUUGCGAACAUCUAGGGACAAUGAUUUUCAGUAGUGCUGCUUUUAGCAUGAAGGUCUUUGGUUGGACUUUCACUUGGACAGCAAAACAAACUCAGUUUUUUAGCUUUCUGUCCUAGAUGUUAUGUUCCUAGCACGUAGCAGCAGGACGACAGAUAUUGUUUUCAUUAAUGAAAAUCUUGUUUUUAUGUUGUACUUCUAUCUCUGUUAGGACCACUUUAACUAUUGGACCAUAUGGUUGAGGGAAUUUUGACCAGUCCUUAUGUUCUGACACACCUUUUAAGAUUUGUUUGGGGGUCAAGACUGGUUUAUGUCAGUUAGUCCCCUCAUAAAGAUAUAAAUAUAUUUGUGUGCGUGUAAAAUGUAACCAGUGUUAGUCACUAAGUGUAGUUGUAGUUGAUAGUUGUGGGUGUUAUUAGAGUGGAGCCCCACAUCCACUUUUGGACUUUCUUCCAGUGAACUCUGACAUUGGCCCUCUUACCUCUCAUUUUGUAUCUCUUCAUGCUUUACAUUUAUGUGCAACUUAACAUCUGAAUAAAGUGGCAUUCUGGA